GGUCUACUGACAGACAGGCCCUUCACGGUCUCAUGCAGUGACAUGACAGCCAUGGAGGUGGUUUCACUGGCACUGCUGUUGGUGUCAGGAGCAGCUACGCAGGAAGAGUCACGAAUCAUUGGAGGAACCGCAUGCAUGAAAGGUUUCCAACCUUGGCAUGCAGCCAUCUACGACAUGAACCGGUUCUAUUGCAGCGGAGCUCUGGUGACCAUGGAGUGGGUGUUGACCGCUGCACACUGCAGACUCCCAGGCACCACUUACGUGCGCCUAGGAGUGCACAACAUGUUGCGCAUGGAGGACACUGUACAGCAAAAGAGAGCGGUCCGGCUCGUGCCUCACCCAAACUACGAUUCUGUCAGCAAGGACAAUGACAUCAUGCUGAUCAGGCUCUCCUCUCCAGCGGCCAUCACUGACAGUGUCCAGCCCAUCAACGUGGCCAGUCAGUGCGUUGCUCCAGGAAUGCGGUGCCUUGUGACAGGGUGGGGCAGGACCAGCAGCUCAAGACCAACCAUCCCUGAAGAACUGCAGUGUGUUUAUCUGCCCAUCAUCACGCAGAGCGAGUGUGAGGCAGUGUAUCCUGAUGCCAUCACCGAGAACAUGUUGUGCGCUGGCGUGAGGCAAGGGGGUGCUGACACUUGCCAGGGCGAUUCUGGGGGACCCCUCAUCUGCAACGAAGAACUUCAGGGCAUCGUGUCUUGGGGUCCAGAGGUGUGCGGCCAGCCUGGGAAACCAGGUAUCUAUACCAAGGUCUGCAACUACGUCGGCUGGAUCCGGGAGGUGAUACAGCGCGGGUGACGCCAGCUCAGAGACGAGGCGCACAAAUAA